AGCACCAAAGGGGCAAAGGUCCAAACUUUGAACACUCAAAACGACAAAACAAUUUCACGAAGAGAGAUAAAAACACAAAAUCAUCCAUGGCAUAUCUGGUACGAAACUUGAAGUUGUUGAUCACCAAAAUCUCAUCUUCCAAUACUUCGUCAUCUCAAAUUUUUCCAAGAGUAGCAAACUUACAAAGUUCUGCUUCGCCUAUUACCACGUUUCGUAUCCUCAAUACGUUUCAUUCUCCAACUUGCUCGUUUCGUUCCUUUGGAUCUCCUGCUUCUGAAUCUGACAAUGACAUGGUAAAUCAUCAAGGGUUCCAGAUGUGGAGUAACGGAGGUGGCUUAUUUCACACUUCAGCUUGUAUUGAUCCGACAGUAGUUGUCGAGGUUGGUGCUGUUGUCCACCCAAAAGCUACUUUGGGUGCAAAUGUUCAUGUUGGAUCAGGCGCUGUUAUUGGACCUAGUGUUACAGUGGGUCAUUCUACUACACUUGGGUACAAUGUUGCGCUGAGUAACUGCUCCAUUGGUGAUUUGUGUGUUAUUCACAGUGGAGUAUGCAUCGGACAAGAUGGAUUUGGGUUUUUCGUAGAUGAACAUGGUAACAUGGCAAAAAAGCCUCAGACACUUUAUGCAAGAAUAGGAAAUCACGUGGAGAUAGGUGCAAACUCAUGUGUUGACAGGGGAAGCUGGAGAGACACGACAAUAGGAGAUUAUACCAAAAUAGAUAAUCUAGUCCAGAUUGGCCACAAUGCAAUUAUUGGCAAGAGUUGUAUCCUAUGUGGACAGGUUGGAAUUGCUGGUUCAGUGACGAUAGGUGACUAUGUUACAUUGGGUGGCAGAGUUGCAGUUCGUGAUCAUGUCUCCAUUGUUUCUAAGGCUCGUCUUGCAGCAAUUAGCUGUGUCACAAAGGACAUCAAGGAGCCUGGAGAUUAUGGUGGCUUUCCUGCGGUCCCUGUCCAGCAAUGGCGCAGACAACUGGCCGCUCAACGUCGGAACUGGAAGGACAUAAAGAACUCUUGAGACUAUUAACAGCUGCUUUCUUAAUACUGGCUUCCUGUGUUCUUGGGUUGAAACUUGAAAGAGCUAUUAUGGUUACAAAUGCCUGUUAUUGUGACCUCCUUGGUGAAGCUGCUAGAAAGAUAAAAGAGUUUCAGCUGUAAACUAUCCUUCUGAUGCAAUUGCUGCUUUCCUGAUGCAUGUUGGCUGUUAAUAUCUAUUUUUCAUAUGAGACAUGGAACUAAAUAUUGGAGAGGAUUUUUAAGAUGCAACUUCGGGAACUUCUGAAGAGAGCAGCAUGCAGUCUACAAUUUGUCAGAUUACCAAGUUUCUUUUUCUUCAGAGGAUUCUAUUUAUGACAGCGUUCAAAGGUAUAAAGUACUUUUUUUCUACAUAUGUAGUACGUAUAUUUUUUCUACAGCAGUGAUAUCACAAUUUACGAAUACGUUGAAUAUUUUGGAGUCUGUUUUGAAGAGCUUGCUUACAGGCAUACAACAGUUAACUUGAAACCUUAAUAAGGCUAUAAAUUAAACUCCUUAAUUAACAUGUUUGCUAUACAUGAACAUUACUGCUGAAAGGAAAGGUUCAAUAAUUCUAUAAUUACUAUGCUUCCCCUGUUACCAUGAACAAAGGUGACUUUUCUUUGCUAACUUUGGAGUUGUAAAAGUAAGGAUAAUACUUCGUACAUCACAAAGCAGUUCUUCUUCAUAGGAUGAUUUGGAGAUGUUAUUUAGCAUGACCCUUUGCAGAGAUUUACCUUCUUUUUCCCUGAAAUCUUUCCAUCAGAUCCAAUUUUGAACUGACCUUGAUAUCUUAGAUUAAGUUUCUUACUGGUACGACCCAAAUCUUGAUAUUGAAUUUCUGUCUUGAGUUCAACCUUCAACAUUGCUUCAGAUGAAUUUGAUAUUGCCUUACGAAGGACUUCCCAGUGAUGAACAUCAGCAUCAAAAUGAUCAGAUACCAUGUUUGUUUUGUCUUUAGGUAAUUGAAACCCAGGUGCGAUAAGAUUCUGUGUCUGUCCCAAAGU